CAUUAAUGGAAUCAGUCCAUGUAGAGACGUUGUUGCGAGCGGGCACGAUAUUCACAUUAAAUUAUCGUUAUACGCACCAUACAUAUAAAACGAAUUAAAACACAAACAAAAAAACAAAUCGUAUACAUUCUAACAAGCUGCAGAUAAUUGAAAUGAAAAAUGAAAUUAAAAAAAUGCUGAAUUCAAUAAAAAUUCGCAACUAAAAUCAUUCACACUUUAGUAAACAGUUAAAAAAAAAUUAUUUGUGGACUUGUGUAGAUUAUAUUUGGUUUAGGAUAAAGUAAUCGAUUAUGAAGUAAUCAUAAAAGUACACAUUUACCUACUCGUAUGCUGCAUUAAGUUGAAUACCGUUGUAGUGUAAUUAAAACUUUAUUAAAGAUCAUGAAUAAUUGGUGCCAAUUGAGUGUUUUGUUCGUCUUAAGCUGGUGAUCGGAGAUCUUUGUGCAGUAGCCGUGCUCAAUUCCAUUCAGCUUCUCCAGCGUUGGCCGGUCGACCUCUUCGUUUUCUUGUGUCGCCUGCCAUUGUGUAUUUUGAUAAGACAGAUCGCAUUGUUAUUAAUAAAGCACUAUAUAUUUUUGCAUGUAUUUUGGCAAGAAAGUGAAAUUAAUGCAUGGAAUGUUUGCAGCAAUUAAAAUUAAAUGCCUGUUGGUGUUAUGAAUUGAACGAAUCCUUUCAAGGUUGGACCAAAAGUGAACAUUAACAAGUGGAAAGAUCAACUGACCGACCGACCAAUCGACGGCACGUCAAGAUAUCCAAACACAUACAUACAUAAGUACAUACAUACCUAGGCCAAAAGGCAUACAUGGCCAGCAGACGCAUUUGGCCGUUCUACGAGCGUUUGACAGCUUAAAAGUGCAUACACGUGCACAUAAAUACACAUACACACACACACACACACACACAAACGCGCGUAUAAGCUCAUACAGAUUUGGUAUGCUCCACGUAUUGGCGGCGGCGGCGGCGGCAGGCGACAAAUUCGGUUUCGGUAUUUCGGCCUUUUGGUUGCAUUCGCGGUGCAGUGUUGUUACGAACUUGUUUUAACUGGGAUUUUUUCGUACCACGCUACAUAUAUCUUCUUUUAUUUGUAUUAUUUUUGUUGUUUUUACUCGCUAUUUUCUUUGCCGUCAGUUAAUUUGAACAGCUUUGGCUUCUUGUGAGUGCCUGCCGUGUGUGUGUUUCUUUUGUUUUUUUUUUAUUGUGCCUCGCGACCGCGACAAGUCCGUAAAUUAUGUACAUUAGCAGUCUUAUAGCUGUGUGCAUUUGUGUGGUUGCAGAGUUGGGAUUAGCUGCAAAUGUACCUGCCAGGCGUGAACGACAUGAACUGACGAUUUCUGAAUGCGCUGCCAGAGGUGGUGAAUGUGACGAGACGAGAGGUCGGCCAGUUUGUGGCACGGACGAACAAACCUACCCCUCACGCUGUCACUUGUUACGAGUACAAUGUAGUGGCCAUCAAGUUAGUCUCAAAUACCGAGGGCCCUGCAAAGCCUGCAAAGAGGCACGCGACUACGCUCUCAAACACAAGUCUCGCAAUCCACCAAAAUUCAUACCACGCUGUAAAACCGAUGGCACUUAUGCAGCCAUUCAAUGUUUAGGCGAUACCGGCUGUUGGUGCAGCGAUAUCACUGGGAAACCCAUUGAGAACACAUCGGUACGCAAUGGCAAGCCCAAAUGUCGCGAAUAUGGCAAGGCGAACAUACGUCGUUCACCGGCGCGUCACCUGAGUCCGAGUCGUGGUCGACGCACGUGCACUGCCAUCGAUCGUGCUGCCUUCAAUGCCAAUCUCAUCAAAGUCUUCCAAAGUGAGUACAUACGAGCUGGACAACAGAAACGCACCAUGGCAGUGAAUGCGGGUGGCGGCGAGGGAGGCUUUGCAACGCCAAAUGAUAAGUUGGUGCUCGAUUGGAAGUUUACUUACUUGGAUACGAAUGCAAAUCAAAUGCUGGACAAAACUGAAUUCCGUGAACUAAAGAAGCUUGUAAAGCGGGCGGUGAAACCCAGACGUUGUGGACGUGCUUUUGGCAAAUUCUGCGAUUCGGAUGACGACGAUCGAUUGACACUGACCGAAUGGAAUAAUUGCUUUUCCAAAGAUGAUAUUAUACGUCAUUCGGCUGCUGAAAAUAAGAAUUAUGCCGUUAAUAGCAUCACCAGCAACAUAUACCAUGGAUAUUUACCACAGCAACAAAAUAAUAAACACAACGCCAACAGCAACGGCAACGGCAACGGCAACGCCAACAACAAUAUUAAUAAUCGUCACGCAUUGCCCGCGCCCUUCAAUCAUCAUCCACAACAGAUUCAUUUGAAUAAUCAUCAACCAAAUCAUAAUACAUAUAGCAAUAGCAACAACAACAACAACAACAACUAUAACCUUAAUAGAAAUGAUAAUCUCAAUAAUAUACAUCAUCAUGCCUCAAGCGCACUGGACGAAUUGGAUAGCGAAAGUAAUGGUGAUGACGAUGAGAGUAGCCAACGUUUGGACUAUGAAGAGGAUGAUUAUGAUCCCGAUGAGGGCGAAGAUAAUGACGCGCUAAGCAUGCUUAAUUCAUCAACUAUACAUUACUUACGACCUAACCCCGAUACACAAAUGAAUGAAUCCGAUAGCGAAUCCGAUUGUUUGGCUGAUCAGAAGGCAGCGCUCGAGGAGCAACGACACGGCGGCACGUUAUUCUAUGUGCCCGAAUGCACUGCGGACGGACGUUAUCAGCGUGUGCAAUGCUAUCGCUCCACACCGUAUUGUUGGUGUGUACACGAGGAUACAGGCAAAAAUAUACCCGGCACAUCGGUGAAGGACAAGCGACCGCAAUGUGAUACCAUUUAUGCAGCGCCCCGUCCCAUGAAGGGCUGUCCCGAGCCGAGAAAAACGAUGUUUUUGAACGAUCUCAAAGAAUUCUUGAAGACGCAUAUUGUGGCAAGUGCAAUUUCAGGCGGUAACACAACGAAAUGGAAUUCUGAGGACGAACGCAUUGCGACGUUAAGUUUUGUUUUGCUCGAUAAGAACAAGAAUAAAUCGUGGGAGCGUAAAGAGUGGAAGACAUUUCGAGAAAUGGUAACUAGUACGAAAACCUUACGUAAGUGCGGCAAAAAGAUGCCCCGAUACUGUGAUGUAAAUAGUGAUAAGAAAAUUACGCUUACCGAAUGGUUGAAUUGUUUGCAAACGCAACGUAUUGAGGUGCAGUCUACUUCUCAACGCAGUUCCACGGAAGCCAACGAAUCUAUAACGUCGAAGCCGCUGAAGCUAACUGGUUCCAAUCCACUUGAACAUUAUCUCAAGGAAUAAGGUAGCUGCAGUAGCCCUCAUGCGGGUUGGGUGAUACGAUUAGUGGAACUCGUUUUGCUUUUUUACUUUUAAUACGUUUUUUUUUUUUUUAUUUCAUUUUGUUUUGUUUUUAAAUAUAUUUA